GGUGUGAAGUCAACCCAACCACCAGCUUCUGGCCAUUCUUCUCUUCUGUGCUCCCUCUUUUCAUUCUUCUUCUUCUUCUUCUUCUUCUCACAAACUUUUAUUCUUUUUCUUUUUCUCUUUCUUGUGCCUAUUCUAUUCAAUCCCCCAAAAUUCACCAUCAAUUUAAGCGACCCCUUUCCAUUCUGUUCCGAAUUCCGAUCUGUUAUUAUUUUCCACAGAAUUUCGUUUUUCAGCAAUGGGUGACAUGAAAGACAAGAUGAAGGGGUUCAUGAAGAAAGUCAACAACUCUUUCUCCUCUUCAUCCUCCGGCAAAUUCAAGGGCCAGGGUAGAGUCUUGGGUUCUUCUUCCAGUUCUAUCCCCCUUAAUUCCAAUCCUACCCCUCGCCCCAUUCCCACGCCCAACCCUAUUUCCAAACCCAACACGAGUCCCAAACCCUCGCCCCGCAAAACGGAGCAAAAUAGAAUCACAGAGGAGCCUCCCAAAGAUGGUGCCUUUGACCCUUUCGAUUCGUUGGUCACUAAUUCCAACAGAUCACAAAAUGGGUAUUCACUGAACGUCUAUGAAUGCCCCGUUUGUAAACAACCCUUUAGAUCCGAAGAGGAGGUGUCUGCACACGUGGAGGACUGUUUGAGUAGCCCUGGUGAGCGUGGAGGUGAUGAUGGAAACGGGGUCUCAGAGACUGAGAGUGAGGUUGUGUGUAAUACUGAAUUGGAGGUUUGUGUUGGUACUUACAUUUCAGGGAAGCCAUCUGAGGGAUCGUUUGAUGUUGUUCUCAAAUUGUUGAGGAAUAUUGCUCGGGAACCUGAAAAUGUCAAGUUUAGGAAGAUCAGGAUGAACAAUCCCAAGAUAAAAGAGGCUGUUGGUGAUGUUGCAGGGGGGGUUGAGUUGCUGAGUUUUGUUGGUUUUGAACUCAGGGAGGAGAAUGGAGAGACAUGUGCCUUUAUGGAGGUUCCCACAGAGGACCAAAUCAAAUUCAUUAAGAAAGCAAUAGUGUUGCUGGAAUCGCAACUUGUACAAGAACCUCCGAAGAAGGAGGAUUCGGUGUCUGCAACUUCUGCUGAGACGGGUGCAAAGGCUGAACCAAAGCCGGUUGACAGACAGGUGAAGGUCUUCUUUGCUGUCCCUGAAAGCGUUGCUGCUAAAAUUGAGCUACCAGAUUCCUUCUACAACCUUUCAGCUGAAGAGGUGAGAAGAGAAGCUGAAUUACGGAGAAAAAAGCUUGCAGAUUCUCAGCUUUUAAUUCCCAAGUCCCUCAGAGAAAAGCAAGCAAAAGCUUCCAGGAAGAGAUAUUCAAAAACUAUUAUAAGGAUUCAAUUUCCAGAUGGAGUUGUACUUCAAGGUGUAUUUGCUCCUUGGGAACCAACUACUGCUCUCUACGAGUUUGUCAGCUCAUCAUUAAAAGAACCAGGUUUAGAAUUUGACCUAAUGCAUCCAGUACUUGUCCAACGGCGUGUGAUCCCCCGUUUUCCAAAAGCAGGGGAAAAUGCUAAAACAAUAGAGGAAGAGGACCUCGUACCUUCUGCUCUAAUCAAGUUCAAGCCCCUGGAAACAGAUUCUGUUGUUUUCACCGGUCUCAAAAAUGAAUUGCUUGAAAUCAGUGAACCACUUGUAAAUGCUUAAGCAAUUGGUUCUGUAUGAACUAUAUUGAAGAAGAAGAAGAAGAAGAAGAUCCGAUUGAGGAAAAUCAUAUUUCUCCUUUCAUUCACAUAUUGAAAAGGUAAAGCCUGCAGUAUUUUUUUUUAAUCAAAUAGAAAAAAUGUAUUGUUGGGUCUUUUUUUAAUAUCUGUUGUGGCACAUAUGUUAGAAAAGUAAAACAC